AAAAGAGAUGGAAUACAAAAAUAUAUAUAAAUAAAACAUGUGUGCGAUACCAGCUUUUUCCAAUGCUUGAAACACUGCAGCGCAGUACUCGUUUAUACUCUAAAGUCAGCGGCUGUUAUAAUUGUUUCAGAUAAAUAUUCGAAUCGAAAACGUCCGUUACCGUUAAACAAGCCAAUCAUGAUAUCGUUUUUAAUCGACUGUUUGGUCAACAACGUUACGUGUCUGAGUUUGAUCGUCAUAUUCACGGGCUCAUUCUAUUAUUAUUCGACUUCGACGUACAAUAAAUGGAGGAAAUUGAAAAUCCCGUACGUACCACCCGUGCCCCUGUUCGGCAACACUUUCAGAAUGUUGGCGAGACUUGAACAUCCGAUCGACACGUUUGACAAGAUUUACAACCAUUUUCCGGAUUUCAAACUAUUUGGGUUCUAUCAGAUGAGGGAGCCGAUGCUGUUGGUCCGCGACCCGGAGCUAAUCAACAUGAUAUUGGUCAAGGACUUCUUGUACUUCACCGACCACGGUGUUGACAUAGACCCAUCCAUGUCCACGCUGGCAAAGAGUCUUUUCUUUGCCAACGGCCAGAAAUGGCGGACAAUGCGCCAGAAGUUGAGUCCGGGCUUCACGUCCGGAAAGUUAAAGGGCACGUACUGCCAAAUCAACGAGUGCAGCGAUGAGAUGGUGUCUAGCAUCGUCGAAGCGAUCGGUAAGAAGACUGACCGUAUUGAAUUGAAAACGAUAACUGGGAGAUUUUCUACAGACGUGAUCGCCACGUGCGCGUUUGGCCUAAAGCUCGACUCGAUUAAAAAUGGCGAUUCAGAAUUCCGCCGGUACGUGAAGAUUUUAUUUCAGACUACCACGAAACAGGCGAUUAUCUUGAUUCUGUCGUUGAUCUGCCCCAGGGUGGUCAAGAUUUUAAGAUUACAAUUUUUUUCGUUGGAAGCUACCAAUUUUUUCUCUAAGGUGUUCGCCGACGUCAUCAAGUAUCGCGAAGAUCACAACGUGUCCCGGAACGAUAUUACUCAGACCCUGAUUGAGGCGCGUAAAGAAUUGGUGUUGAAGGAAAUCUCGACCACCGAAGAUAAAUUCACCGACGAUGAUAUCAUCGGUAACGCUAUUUUUUUGUUCUCCGCUGGUUCAGAAACCAUUUCGUCUUUGGUAUGUUUUUGUCUAUACGAAUUGGCACUGAACAAGGAAAUCCAAGAUAAAUUACGUGCGGAGAUAUACUCGAUGAAAGCAAAACACAAUGGAAAGCUUAAUAACGAUUAUUUGGUGGAUCUCCGUUACACCAACAUGGUAUUGGAAGGUACCUACGCCGUGUUGACACAUCGUACGGAUUAUAAGAAGAAGAAAAACGGUUUGAAUAAAAGCUGCGGACUGGGUGAAACGAACGGAUCUUGUUGGAAGACUGGGCGCAAGUACUCCAUUGCAUUUAACAUAACUAGAGUGGCUACAAAAACAUACACUUUACCUGACGAAUCAUUUGUUAUUGAAAAAGGACAAAAACUCAUUAUACCGAUGUUCAACAUACAUCGUGAUCCUAAAUAUUAUCCCGAUCCAUUGAGAUUUGAUCCAGAAAGGUUUUCAAUGGAACAAAAAUCUCAACGACCUAAUGGCACUUACAUUCCGUUUGGCGACGGACCUCGACUGUGCAUAGGCAAACGAUUUGCCGAAGCAGAAAUGAAAUUGGUUCUGUCAAAAGUAUUGUCAAAAUUUGAAGUACAACCAUGUGAACAGACUGAAAUUCCUCUAGACAUAAGAAGUGGAUCUGGAUUACUUUCACCAAAAAACGGACUUGUGUUAAAAUUUAAACCAAUCAUUGAGCAUUAAUCAUAAUUAAUUACUCACACAUUAUUUUAAUUCCUGAAAUAAUAAUACAAUAAAUUGUUAAUUCCACAUACAAAAACAUACAUAAUUGUAAAAUCUCAAUAUGUAUUAAUCGCUACGAUCAGAAUCUAAAAGCCUUCACCUAUAUAAAAGUAAAAAACGAUUACAGCAGUAUAUAAUGCAGAUCGAUAAAUAUAUUAACGUUAAAAUAUUGUAAUAUAAUAGUACAAAGGUGGGCAUUAACUAGUUAAAGAGUUAAAGUUAAGUUAAA